CAAGACCUCAGUUAUUCUUCUGGCGAUUUGCCCACACAGACAUAGAUCCAGACACUGGAACCUCAGGGCAGUGUGUUCUCUCAAUCUCUCACCUAGCUGGGUAUCCUGUACUGCGGCCAUACUCUACUCUCCUUUGACAUCCACUCCUCACAAGGACCUCAGAGUUAGUGGUUAUCUCUGUAAGCAUGGAGGAUUCCUCUGAACAGUCUCACUGGGUGUCUCCGGCUCUGCUCAGCUCUGAUCCCCUGGCCAGCUUCUCCUCAGAGCCUGGCUUACUAUCUCCAGGAGAGGAGGGAGAGCCCUUCUUCUCCAACCCUGAGACUGACUUCACCAGCCUUCCCUCCUACUUCUCCAACCCCAGCCACAGCAGGGCUCCAUCAGUCUACAGACAGAGCUCAGUUCGCCAGGUGUACUCCUCGCCCUCUCUCCUGAGCAACCUUCAAUGGCUGGAUGGCCCUGGCAGCCACUCUCUGACCUCUCCAUACAACCCAUCAUCCUCUACCUGGACCAGCAACCCUUUCACUAAGACUCCUCUGCACCCAUACACCCCAACCUCCCUUUAUGCAUCCAGCGCCACAUCCUCGUUCACCUCCAGAGAUGGGUACUCCUCUCCAGGUAGGGAUGGCAAGGAGAGUCCCAGGCUUCAGGAGGCCCUGAAGGCCGAGCGCUUGAGUCCUUUGGGUGGAGGUGGUGGAAGCAGUUUUCUAAAUCUGACUUCUGCUGCUGGGAGUGUGCCAUCUCCCCACUCCCAUUCACACAUGCUGGGCCCCUACAGCUCGUACAUGACCUCUCCACAGGACUACACAAUGGCAGGCCUCUACUCCUCCCCAGGGGCAUGGAUGAGCCCCUCCUCCUACUCCCCCAAACUACGUAAUAAGAUGAGGCUGUCUCCACCAGAGGCCAGAGAGUGUGUCAACUGUGGAGCCACUGCCACUCCUCUAUGGCGUCGAGAUGGAACAGGACACUACCUGUGUAACGCCUGUGGGCUUUACCACAAGAUGAAUGGCCAAAAUCGUCCCCUGAUCCGACCAAAGAAAAGACUGAUUGUCAGCAAGCGGGCCGGGACUCAAUGUGCCAACUGUCACACCAGCACCACCACGCUGUGGAGACGGAACGCCAGGGGCGAGCCUGUGUGCAACGCCUGUGGACUCUACUUCAAGCUGCACAACGUCAACAGACCCCUUACUAUGAAGAAAGAUGGUAUCCAAACACGAAACCGUAAAGCGUCCAACAAGAACAAGAAGGGCAAGAAGAGCGCCAUGUUGGAGCAAUACCCUGACCUUUCACAGGGUCCCCCCCUCGAUGACCACGGGGGCCCCUACUCCCUGGGUCCAGGGUCACAGCUCUCCUACAGCCACACCCCUCACUUCCUCUCCCCACCCUCCGGCCUGCACCCGUCUGCCAGCCUGUCUUACACCCAUCACCCAAACACUGGCAUGGUGCCCACACUGGUGUGAAACAGACCUAGGCAUAUGCAGACCCAUAAAGGCAACAUACAGCACAUACAGCACAUACAGUACAGACACAAACUCGCCUACUGAGGAAUAGCUUCUUUGUAGCAAUGGAUGCCUUGUACAUAAAUGCAUUUAUACUUUUUUCCUUCCAAUUUUAUGUGUGAAGUUGAUCUUGUCUUAACACUGGACAUAAUACUGCACAUUUUACAAGAUCAAAAAAGAAAAACUUUUAUGGAAGGAUUUGAUUGUAUUUUGUUAAAGGCAUAUUCUAUUUUUAUGAAAACUAAAACUUUAAAAGUAAAGUUUAAACUUCCCACUGUAAUCAUUGAUACGGGUAACACUGGUAUGAACUUGUAUCUGUAUUUCGUAAAUACGUACCGAAUUGUGUGGACUAAAGUUACCAUAUCCCUUUUCAAAUGUUUAUGAUUUUAGUUGAAGGUGAAUGGGCAUUAAAAUGUGAAUUGUUUUGUA